AAUGAGGAGAUACUCAUUGACGAUUACAUUUCAACUGCUGAGAAACGUAUUGGAGAUUACAUGACACGAUUCUCUGGAUUGAAGGCUGGAGACUUGGAUAUUAAUAACAAGUCUAAUACCCACCAUGUUACUGAUAUUAAGAAUACCUACCUCAAGUUGAGAUAUUUACUUGAUGUGAAGAAGGUUAAAUUUAUCGGUCAUGGCUUGCCAAACGAUUUUAAGAUUAUUAACAUUUUCGUACCUAAGGAACAAAUAAUUGACACUGUAGAAUUAUAUAGAUUACCAAAUCAAAGAAAGAUUUCUUUGAGAUUCCUUUGUAAAUAUUUAUUGAAUCAAGAUAUUCAACAAGAUACGCACGACAGUAUAGAGGAUGCCAGAACUGCAUUAAGACUCUACAAGAAGUACCUAGAACUCAAACAAAAAAAUACCUUUACAUCCACUCUUCAAGACAUUUAUACUUUAGGAAGACAGACCAACUGGGUUUAG